GGAUGCUGCGUAGUGCGCAGACGCUUUGGUCUGGUCACCAGCGGAGGGACAGUAGACUGAAGAAAAUGAUUAGCCUUGGGCAGCUUUGUCCGCCAAAAAUGAAUUCCUUUACCAAUAACACAGGCAGAAUGAUACUGACGUUUUAAUGUUCUGACACGUAAAGGAGAACACGUCGAAGUUCUCUGGACAUCGGUGGGAGAACGGAACGGUACGAGUCAGUGCCAGGAAUACCGUUAACUGUCUGCAGGAUGCCGCGAGACAGAACUCCUCUCAUCCAGAAGAUCGCCAAACAGGCUUCUGUCACCUUUAAAGACUGUCUGUCCAAAGACAAUGGAGAGCACAAGCCGCUCCCCGAACAGCACAAACAGCUCAUCUCCCUCGUGACCUCACUCAGAGCUGCGGAUCUCAAAUUAGCUCCCCGGAAAAGCAGCCGCCCUGGACCAGAAGGGGCCCAGAGCCCGCCCGUGACUUACAUGCACAUCUGUGAAACCCCAGUGUUUAGCAUGGGCGUGUUUAUCCUCCGCUCAGGCGCCUCCAUCCCGCUGCACGACCACCCGGGAAUGAACGGCAUGAUAAAGGUGCUGUAUGGGAAGGUGAGCGUGCGCUGCUUUGACAAACUGGACUCCGAUGGAGCAGUCACCCCUGUGUUUGAGCCACCCCUCAGCCAUUCACAGGUCCCCUCUCUUUGCCGCUCUGUGUUGCACUGUGUGUCCGAGUACUCUGCCAGCAGCCCCCCCUGUCUGCUCACUCCCCAACAGGACAACUUGCAUCAGAUUGAGGCACUGGGGGGACCUGCCGCCUUCCUGGACAUCUUAGCACCUCCUUAUGACCCUGACAACAACCGAGACUGUCAUUACUACCAAGUCCUACAGGUCUCAGCCCCAAGCUCUGAGUCUCCGGAGGAAACAUGGCUCCUAGAGAUCCCUCAGCCAGAGGACUUCUGGUGUGGGGGCCAAGCUUACCCUGGGCCCCCAGUGUCUGUGUGAGGAGUGACUUGUGUCUCAACAUGCACCCUGCAGCUCGGUGCAUCUGGGUGGGUGUAUGUGAAGACAAGCUUUUAAAGCUGGACAGCACAACAGGGUUUGGCCGGAGUUUCUGCUGGACCUCAUUAAGACUAAUAUCACACUUAAAUGUUACAGUAUUCAUUUUCUAAAGCAAGUAUUCCAUUUUGUACAUUGUACUAUAUAUUACCAAAAAUGGAGGAUGUGCUACUAUAAUGUCAUUUCUCCCUUUCUGGUUAAAAUUCAAUCCAAUGUCCAUUAAAAUGUUAAUUUGAAGCAAGAGCUGACAUUCCGAAGCAGCUUGCUUUAUUCAGUGCACAGUAUUUUCAGAAAGACCUGCAGCGAACGUGACAGAAAAGGAUAGCUUUGUUUUCUGCCAACACGAAGUAUGAAGUUAUGACAUCUAGAGUUACAGACAUGUUCAUGUCUAAAACUGGACAUGUUAUUGAUUGUAAUGAUUAUUAUUCAAUAAAUGUCAUACCUCCAUUUCUUAUCUAUACAUUUACACUCUAAAUGUUAAUGUGUAACAAAAACAUGCACUUUGAGUGGCUUGAAGGUGAAAAAGUGCUAUAUAAAAAUGACCAUUUACCAACACACUUUUAUAUAACUUUCCCUCAAUCAUCAGGGAAAUUCAGGAUUCCUAAAUAUUGAAACAAAAUACUGGUGAAUGGAGUGAAAUUUUAGUAUUAAGAGGCCAGUAUCAAUACUUUUUUCUUUACUUUACGGCCACAACAUACACAAAAUUAUUCCAUAAAGCUAACAGGAUCAGGAACAGCCAAAUGUAUGCUUUGCAGUUCAGACUCUAGUAUACUAAGAUGUAUAUGGACACAAAUUUCUUUACUCACACAUUUAUUUUUAAUUAUUUCUGUAGCUUUUGCUAACUAUCUAAAAUGUUACACAAGAUACAGAGCCUUAUACCAUAGCCUAAGAUCAUAAAGAAAAAAUAUCCAUUUCUACUUGGGUAAAGUACAGAUGAAUAAUGCUUCUAACAUCCACUUUAAUAAAAUCAUUCAGAUGUUUAAACAUCAAAGAAAACUAGACUAGAUAUGUAUUUUUUUCAGAUAUUAAUAUUAAGACUUAGUAAAUAAUAAUUAAAGGCAACCAGUGCUAAGAACAAUUUGUCACUGGUGAGUUAUAAUUCUGGAGAACUUAUCAUUUAGGUCUUGGUGUACUAUCAGGGCACUAAAAUAAAAAUCUGCUCAAAAUGUAAUGUAAGUACCUGCUUUAUAUUGUAAAAUUAAAGAGCGGAAACAAUUGAACUGUGUUGAAAUAGGACUACAGUAACAAUAUCUCACCUACGUUUUGCUUGACACCACUGAAAUGUGUUUCCUUAAAUUCUUAUGAUUUGAAGAAAGUGAGGAAAAGCUUGUGAUGAAAGUUUAAUUUUCAGGGCCUAAAUGCUUAGUGGCAGAGUAAAGAACACAGUUACAUAUGGGCCUUGCGCGAGUUGAAAUGAACACAUUCCCUGACCGUAUGUGCUUAUGCCGUUCACGUUUUAACAGUUCAAAUUAAGAUGCUAUGCCUACAAGUCCCACUAUCCCCUGUAAAGUGUAGCCGACUGUACAAUCACUCACUCAUUUGUUAAAAUGACCUGUGUGGGCCUUACACAUGCGCUUGUUUCCUCCGCUCGGUGCACUGACAGUGCGUAAUAUGGGCAUCUGACGCGUGUAUGAGGUGAGGUCCAGUCGGUGUAGAUCUCCGCUGUCAAACAUACCGCGAAAAUCACUGUUUACGACGGAAUGACGGCGUUUUAAACUUUAUGUCGUUUGUUGUUUGACACAAAAGUAGCCUAUCGUUAAAAACGAGGUAGUUAAAAAGUUAGGCCUAGGCUAUAUAAAAUAAAGAGAAAAUGGCCCAGUCUUUCGUGUAAGAAAUAAAAAGAAAUAAAAGGACGAAGCUACGUUUGUUUGUUUAUUUGUUUGUUUGUUUGUUUGUUUGUUUUUU